GAUAUCCCGCAGAUCAGCGCGCGGCGAAUCUCGCGCCGCGGGUAUAAAGGCGCGCCUCCUGCAGGACACAGCACUGAUCGCUCAGGAGUAACAUGAAGGCCUUCCUAGUACUCGCUGUCUGCCUAGUCGCGGCUCAGGCCCUGACCGAUGAACAGAAGGAGAAACUAAAGAAGCACCGCGCAGAGUGCCUCACGGAGACCAAGCCUGACCAACAGCUCGUCGACAAGCUCAAGACUGGAGACUUCAAGACGGAAAAUGAGCCCCUGAAGAAGUACGUCCUCUGCAUGAUGAUCAAGUCAGAGCUGAUGACCAAGGACGGCAAGUUCAAGAAGGAUAUCGCGCUCGCCAAAGUUCCUAACGCAGCUGACAAACCCGCCGUUGAGAAGCUGAUCGACACAUGUUUGGCCAACAAGGGCAACACCCCGCAGCAAACCGCGUGGAACUACGUCAAGUGCUACCAUGAGAAGGACCCCAAGCACUCCAUCAUUGUCUAAUCCAAGUCACCCAUCGGAAUCCGAGAGGCGCCGGUUCCUAAUCCAACGAGUUUUCCAUCAUUUUUUUUAAUUUAAGAACAUGUUGACAGCCGCAAAGCUACCCUACAAACAUGACUUUUGCCAUGCAAUUUCAACAAUUCUUCAUAGUCAUUUUCAUAAGCGUUUUUUCGGCUCAAUUGGAUCUUUGAGCUGUGCGGGUACUGUACCAAAUUGCAUUUUGUAGGUUGGAACGGAAAUGGUUGUGAGAACCGAUCAAGUAUUAUAAGUACAUUAAGGAAACUGAAAAUACUGCCUGACGAAUUUACUUUUUAGUUUGCAAAAUAAAAAUGGACUCCGUA